AUGGUGGCGUGGUGGGAUGCGCUGGGCGUGCUGGGCGCCCUCACCGCCGCGUGGCUGAUGCUGAGGGCGGUGUGGGGGGCGGGCCGCGCAGUCUAUGUCUACCUGCUGCCCUCAGUCCGCCGGGACGCCGCUUGGCUCCGAGCGCACGGAGCCUGGGCAGCCGUUACCGGAGCCACCGACGGCAUAGGCAAGGCCUACGCACAUGAGCUCGCCAAGAGAGGCCUGAACAUCGUCCUCAUCAGUCGAAACCUGAACAAAUUGGAACAGGAGGCAAAGGAGAUAGAACGGCUUCAUGGCACCUUGACACGAGUCAUCCAGGCCGACUUCACCGGGGGCUUGGAGAUCUACGGAGCCAUUGAGGAAGGACUGAAGGGCCUGGAGAUUGGAGUACUCGUGAACAAUGUGGGCAUGCUUUAUGAUGAGGGCUUUUGGAAAAUGCUCGACGUCGAGGACCCAGCCAAGAGGCUCUCGGAUAUUGUGAACUGCAACAUGAUGUCGGUGCUCCAGAUGACUCGAAUUAUCCUGCCCCAAAUGGUCUCCAGGCGCCGAGGCAUCAUCAUCAACGUCUCUUCUCUGUCUGAAAGCCGCCCCAACCCAUUCCUAGCAGUCUAUUCGGCCACUAAGGUCUUUGUGCGAAACUUCUCCUUGGCGGUGGCCGCAGAGUACUUGUCUGAGGGGGUCAUUGUGCAGACGGUGAGCCCUGCUGUUGUCUCCACAAAUAUGAACCGUCGCCUCCAAACCGGAUUGCUGGUGGAGAGUCCCGAAGACUGGGCUAGGCAGGCGGUGCACACCCUUGGCCUGUCCUCCCACACCUCUGGGUGCCUCAGUCACGCGGUGCAGAGUUUCCUGCUGUCUCUCGUGCCCACUUGGCUUACUUGCAGUAGAUGGGGAGUCAAGCUUAUGCCUCUAUUGGUGGCCUGGCUUAGUGGCAAGAAAAAGGCUGUGGAGAGGGAGUGAGGCAGGCGCGGUCGCUGCCUGUCCACUCCUCUUUCCAGAAUCCUGGCCGAGGGAUGUUGGCGAUGUGAACAAAGAUGCCCUACACAUUGGAAUAAAAGGGCAGGCAGACCAUUGGAACAGAAUCGGACUCCUGAACUAACCUGGACACUUAGUGAUAAAACCUCUGGCAGAAAGAUGGAGUUUUUGACAUGUGGCACCAAGACAACUACAUAACCAUUUGGAGGAAAAAAAGAAAUAUAUAUAUAUAUAUGUAUAUAUAAUUGUAGCUGUGAUAGUUGCACAGCUUUGUGAAUGUUAUGUUAUGUUAGGUGCCAUCGAGUGGCUUCCCACUCCUAGCAACCCUAUGUACAAGUCAACAGAACGAAACAUUGCCCAGUCCUGCGCCAUCCUCACAAUCCUUGCUCUGCUUGAGCCCAUUGUUGGCAGC